CCAUGUUUAAUAAAUGUUGGUAUGAAACAUAAUUUUAUUUGUUUGUUUCUUAAUUAUAGAAAUGUCUACUAUUUUUAAUUUUAUUUAACUUAAGUUGGACUUUUUAUCGAUCCCACAUUUUUGGAUAUCAUCCGAACCUACAAUCUAAUUUACUAAUGAAGUGGGUACGAGUGAAUAAUAGUACUGGACCGUCGCCGCGUCCUAGGCAUGGUCACCGUGCAGUUGCUAUCAAAGAUUUGAUUAUUAUAUUUGGUGGUGGCAAUGAAGGGAUUGUUGAUGAGUUACAUGUUUACAAUACAACUACUAACCAAUGGUUCAUACCACAAGUUAAAGGUGAAAUACCUCCAGGAUGUGCUGCAUACGGUUUUGUUUGCGAUGGAACUCGAUUACUUGUGUUUGGUGGCAUGAUAGAAUAUGGUAAAUACAGCAAUGAAUUGUACGAAUUGCAAGCUUCACGGUGGGAAUGGAGGAAACUUAAACCUAGGCCACCUAAGAAUGGAACUUACCCUUGCCCACGGCUUGGACAUUCAUUUACACUAAUUCAAAACAAAGUUUAUCUUUUUGGAGGCCUGGCCAAUGAUUCAGAUGACCCAAAGAAUAAUAUACCCAGAUAUUUGAAUGAUUUAUAUGUUCUUGAGAUGAAACCUUUUUUAUCUAGCAUGCAAUGGGAGCUACCACAAACUUAUGGGACACCUCCUCCACCUCGAGAGAGUCAUUCUGCAGUUGCUUACAUGGGAGCUGAUGGUAAACAUCCAAAGUUAAUAAUAUAUGGCGGGAUGUCAGGAUGUAGACUCGGUGAUUUGUGGCAGUUGGAUAUUCAAACUAUGCAUUGGUCUAAACCAUUUGUUGAGGGUAUCCCUCCUUUACCUAGAUCACUCCAUUCCGCUACCCUUAUCGGAAAUAAGAUGUACGUUUUUGGAGGAUGGGUGCCACUUGUAUACGACGAUGAGAAUCGAGGUCAACAACCUGGAAAUGUGCAUGAAAAAGAAUGGAAAUGUACUAAUACUUUAGCAACUCUUAAUUUGGACACAAGUAGAUGGGAAUUAAUCACGAAUGAAUCAUUCGAUGACAGUGUACCUCGAGCUCGCGCUGGUCAUUGUGCAGUUGCAAUAUCUACACGACUGUAUAUAUGGUCGGGUCGAGAUGGUUACCGCAAAGCCUGGAAUAAUCAAGUAUGCUGUAAAGAUCUUUGGUUCCUUGAAACAGAAAAACCACCGGCACCUAGUAGAGUGCAGUUAGUGCGUACAGCAACAGAUACUUUGGAAGUGUGUUGGGGUGUUGUACCCACCGCAGACAGUUACAUUCUUCAAAUUCAAAACUAUGAUCCACCGCAAACAACAGCAAAUACAAGUAAUGCUAUUGGUCAACAUCCACCAGGUAUACCAUUAGUCAAAACUCCCCCCACUUCAACACCUGCUAGCUUGCCGCCAAUACCUGUCGUCCAAACUUCAUCCAAAGUCACCAAAGUCAUUCAACAACCAGUUGUUAAAAUGCCUCUUUCGCAAGCCCAGGGACAAAUUCCAGCAGUCGUUCAAUCUUCGCUUUCUCCUCUUACAUCGCUCCAAUCUACAACUCAAACGCCAGUUCAAUCUCAGGCUGUCACUGAGACGAAAUUAGCCACGACAACAUCUACUCCAACUGUUAUUACAAAUGUUUUCAGAACCAUCAGUGACUCUAAUCUGAUUGCACCACGGACUAUUUUCGCCAGUACAAAUCUUAGCAAAACGCCUACAUUAAGCCAAUCAACAUCAUCGACUACUGCAGCCACUACAAUUGUUACACCAGUUGUAAGAACGACGGCAACAGGCUUAACACCCCAAAUAAUCACUACUCCAGUGUCGACCUUAGCAGUUUCAACCAAUAACUCAAUAAUUUCUGCCAAUCAAACACCGCAAGUAUCAACAGCUCAAAGUCAGCAAGCAAUGUCAGGCAUGGCUGCACUUGUUGCUGCUGCUGAAAGAAAAACCAAGAUUGAACCACCGAUUCAACAAACCAUUGCCGGUAACCAAGCAAUUAAGCAAGUUGUUGUCAGCAAUGUUGGCGCAACAUCUGGAACACAACCACAAUUAAUGUUUGUUAAAACUCCAGGAGGAGGCUUACAAUUGGCGCCAACAGGAGCUAAACUUGGUAAUGCGACUUAUGUUAAAUUAGUUCAAACAGGAGCAGCAACGUCUUCUACAACUGCUGGCUCUAUCAAAGGUAUUCCUCAAGUUGUCCAGAUUCCAGCGGGAGUAACUCAAGGAGGACAAAAAGUAGUUAUCAAAACUAUAUCAACCACCACAGCAUCUCCUAACCCAGCUGGUACUACAAAAUCAGCAACACCAGGAAUUGUUACAGUAGCUAGUACCGCGGGUACAACUGCUCAAGGUAAAACGAUUUGCGUUCCUGCAGGAUCUCUUAAACCGGGCACCACUACACAGGGUUUGCCCGUCAGAUACGUUACAAAUCCUGCAGGUGUCAAGAUGUUAGUGAUAUCAAGUCCGCAAGGUCAAGGUGGACAAGGUCAGCAAAUAGUGAUGAAUCAAGGCGGUUCAGGCCAGCAGCCGAUCACUCUGCAAUUGGCAAACUUAGCUGGAGGUGUAGGUGCUAAGACAUUCACAAUUCCAUCUUCAGCUCUCCAAAAAGGUAUUGUUACUAGUACUGCAGUAUCUUCAUCCGCUGUAACUGUUACAUCUGCUGCUGGAAGUACAUUGGCUGGUCAAAAGAUAAUUCAACUACCACCAGGUACACAAUUAUCUGGAAUGAGGCUGGUUCAAGCUAGCCCUAAUCCACAAAUGGCUGGCACUGCUAGAGCCCAAGGACCCACCAGAUACGUUUUAGUUUCUCAGCAAGGAACGCCAGUUCGUCCUCAAACCGUUACUGUUCCAGCUACAGUCAAAACAGAGAGUCCGAAAGUUCCUCAAUUUGAUGGUGCAGUAGAUGAAGAACAAGAUGAAGCUAACAAACAGGAUAAACAAGAGGAAUCACCACCUCAAGAAGCUCAAAGUUCUGCUGACACUCCAGAUGUUCCAGCCGAACCCAUUUGCGAAGAAUCAACUAAAGAAGAGCCCUGUAAAGUUGAAAAGUCUGAUUCUAUAGAAAAGGCCGAAGAGCUUGCUGACAAGCCUCAAGAACAACCCAUCGAAGAAACUAAAUCUCAAGAAAUAAAGCCUGAAGAAUCUAUAAGUGAACCUGUUGCUCAGUCUAUUUCGAAUGAGUCAGAAACAGUUGCUGAAAAAACUGAUAACGAAGAUCUCAAUACUGUUGCAGAUAGUAAAGAUCAACCCACUGAAACCACUGAACCAUCUGACUCAGGAGCUGCUGAUCAGCCUGAUAGUGAGAUGAAAUCAAUUGAAGACGAACCUCAAACUGAGCCUUCUAACCCACCUGAAACGACGACCACUGAGGAAUUGAAAGAACCAGAAAUCAAAAGUGAACCAACUGAAAGUAGCAGUAUGCAACAAGAAGAGCAAAAAAAUGACGAUGAACUACGAGACGCUUUGGCUGAUAAAUCAAGUCAAGAUGUGAUUAACGAAAUAAUUAAAGCAGAGUUCAAAGACACUGAGCAAAAUGAGCCUGAAAAUACUGAGUCACCUGCUGUUGUUGCGGGUACAUCAGAUGACAAGGAAAAACCUCUCGAGCAACCAUCUACAAAUCAAGAAGAAUUGAAACCUCCUUUAAAUGAACCCCAAGAAUCAGAACCUAUGGAUACGCAAUCAGACACUACAGAUCAAGCCCAACAGCCUAGCACUCAGCAAAGCACCAAUCAAACAAGCCUACCUGAGCCCGAAUCGACUCCCAUAAAACAAGAACCAGGAAAAUUGGAAGAAGAAUCUAAUACUAACGUUCAGUCAACUUUGUUAGAUCAAAUCACAACCUCUUCAUCUUCAUCACUUAUCGUCCCAUCAUUGAAGGUAGAAAUGCCUGGAUUAGAACCUCCUGAACAAAUGUGUGCCGAUGAUCCUGAACCCGCUCUUCCAACGAUUCCAGCGUCUACAUCAAUUUCAUCAACUAUUCGUGAAACAAAACCUGUAUCCAGUGUUUCAAGUCAAGAACCUGAUUCAGAUCCAUUAUCGACUCUUGCUUUAGCAGCAACUGGAGACUUACGGAACAAACAACCAUCAUCAUCUACAUUAUCAUCUUCAUCAUUAUCUUUGACAGUAACUCCAUCAAUAACUACCACCACCACUACAACAACAGCCAAUACAAGUCAACAACUACAACAACCAUCAUUAGCUGAUAAGAUCAGUGAAAGUUCUAAUAUAAGACCGCUAGGAGUAGUAACUAAAGUUGAACAUAAUUCUAAUCUUUUAAAGCCUGUAGCCGCAGUUGCCCCAACCACCACCUUAUCAACCUCAUCUAUCAAAACACCCCAACAAUCGGCGCUUAAUACACCCAAUUUAAAUAAUUCAACACCUCAAUUACCACCAAACGUUACAUCUAAGAAAAAUCAAUGGUAUGAUGUUGGAGUUUUCAAAGUCAGUCAGUGUGUUGCAUCUCAUUAUCAUGUACCCGCUGACGGUGAUACAUUUUCAUCGUCACACUCUCAAGAUGGUGAUAAUUUUAUACCACCAAACUAUAGCAGUAUGAUAAAGAUGAACCUGCAACCCGGUACUGCUUAUAAACUCAGAGUUGCUGCAAUUAAUUCAUGCGGUCGUGGCCCAUGGUCAGAAGUAACUGCAUUCAAGACAUGUCUACCAGGCUAUCCGGGAGCUCCAUCAGCUAUUAAAAUUAUUAAAAGUUCAGAAGGUGCUCAUCUUUCUUGGGAACCACCACAGUUCACUUCAGGAGAGAUUACUGAAUAUUCUGUUUACCUGGCUGUGCGCUCAACACAAAGUGGCAAUCAAGCCGGUCUCACAUCUACUCCCCCUCAAUUAGCCUUCAUCAGAGUUUAUUAUGGACAAGCAAAUUCAUGUGUUGUAUCUAAUGUUCAUUUAGCUACUGCUCAUGUCGAUACAACAACUAAACCAGCCAUUAUUUUUAGAAUUGCGGCAAGAAACGAAAAAGGUUAUGGUCCGGCCACUCAAGUUAGAUGGUUACAAGAUUCAAAUGCUUCAGGAAUUACUAAGGGAACACCUAAAAGAACCACUUCUACUUUACCUGCAUCAGAUAACGUAACUUCAAAAAGAAUCAAAUUAGAAUCUGAACAUUGAUAUGGUAAUCAUGGAAAUCAUUCAUUUCAUUAUGUAAUCUUCUUUUCUCCUUUCACAUUGAAGCUUCUUUUUCAUCUUAAAUAUGUUGUGAUGUUUUUUAUUUUUUUAUCAGCUACUAAAAACACUCACGCGGUUUGUGUUUAAAUUAAUUAGGUGAAUCACAUAAUUAUUGAAUCAUUGAUUUCUUUUAGAUUGUUUUUCAACUUGAUCAUUUCAUUUUGAUGGACAAUAAGCACAACAGUCUUUAAUUUACGUUAAUUUACAGACUUAUUAUGUAGAAUAUGCAUGCCUUUGUUUUCUUUCAUUAUUAAGCAAUUAAACAAAUUGUCAGAGUCAAUUGACU